AGCUUAGUACUGCUCAGUUUGGGAGAUUAUUAAUACAGACCCUGGACUCUUGGACAGCCAUUAUCAAUUGAACUUUGAUGGAAUGUAUACACGAAAAAAUGAAAACUACCAACCACUUCAAUACACAGCAACUGUCAAAGACGAGCUUCACCAAGAAAAGCUGGCUAAAGUUGAAGUACCUGUUGUCAAAGUACAAGCGAAGUCGAGGAAUUGUUCGCAAGGUUAUGCCCAAAAUUGACUUGAUCAACAAGAAAGCCAAACAAGUGAACAAAGACGAUGUGAAACUGGGACGUUUAUUGGGAGCAGGCGGGUUCGGUUCCGUGUACCUAGGAGCCUACAAAGAGCGCGAUGUCGCAGUGAAAAUCAUGAACAAACAGUGUAAAAACUCUGCAGCCCAAGCAGAAAGUUUCAAGGCUGAACUUCAUGUGUUGGACUUUGAGCAUCAAAAUAUUGUGAAAACAUUGACCGCCAUUCCAUUGGAUACGUUCCAAGAGGGAGCCUGGAUCAUAAUGGAAUACGCCGGAAGUAAGACUCUGCAAACGAUGAUCAACCACGAGGAACUGGAUGUCAAGACGAGAAUCAAGUUCGCCUUUCAGAUGUCAGACGCCCUGCGCUACAUCCACGACAAUCACGUGUUACAUCUGGACCUAAAGCCCGCCAACAUCCUCGUCACCGCACGGGGGGACAUCAAGAUCGCCGACUUCGGCUGCUCACAGAAAGUGGAGGUCGACACGGGACUGGUGAGCCCCACCCAGAGGUCACUACUGACGGGAACCUUCGCCUACCGCGCCCCGGAACUCCUCAAAGGACAAGUUCCCUCUAAUAAAGCAGACAUUUAUGCUAUGGGGGUGACCCUGUGGCAGAUGCUAGCGCGGGAAAACCCGUACGGAAAUGAGAACCAACAUGUGGUGAUAUUCAGUGUAGUAGCGUACGGACACCGCCCCUCCCACCCCGACAUCGACCUUGACCCGUUUGAGGAAUGUUACCGUGACCUCUACAGCCAGUGUUGGUCAGUGUCCCAGUUUGACCGACCCUCCGCCCUAGAACUCUACGACACCCUGAAAAUCUGGAAGAAAUACAUGUAACCUUGGUGACCGUGUCUUCCUUUGCCAGACUGUGAUAUUUUGUAUUUUUUGUGCGUUGUGACUAUACAUUUAUAUAUUUUUUGUGCUAUUGCACGUUGUUGUUUUAUGCUAUAUAUAUAUAAAUUUAUUUUUUUAAUCCCUUUUACACUAUUGUGUGGCCCUAAGUGCCCGAUCACACCCUCGACUAGCGGUGUGGGACUGAACAAGCACUGUUUAUAAACAUGUCCUAUUUACAUGAAGGGGGGUAAUCUCUUCUUGUAUACACAUUUAUAUUGAAUUGUACAUUAUUUAUACACUUUAUUUCUGAAAGUGCUAUGUUGCUAUAACAUUUAAUAAACUUUCUACACUUGA